CCCCGAGCUGCUGUCGCCAUCUCCGGGAUUCCAAACGCCCCAGGUCUCUGUGCUGUAGCUGCCAGGGCCUGCAGGAUGUUUCACGGAAUCCCAGCUACUCCUGGCGUUGGAGCCCCUGGGAACAAGCCGGAGCUGUAUGAGGAAGUAAAGCUGUACAAGAAUGCUCGGGAGCGGGAGAAGUAUGACAACAUGGCGGAGCUGUUUGCAGUGGUGAAGACCAUGCAGGCCCUGGAGAAAGCGUACAUCAAAGACUGCGUCACCCCUAAUGAAUACACUGCAGCAUGCUCCAGGCUCCUGGUCCAGUACAAAGCUGCCUUUCGACAGGUUCAAGGCUCAGAGAUCAGCUCCAUUGAUGAAUUUUGCCGGAAGUUCAGACUGGACUGCCCACUUGCCAUGGAGAGGAUCAAGGAGGACCGACCCAUCACUAUCAAGGACGACAAGGGCAAUCUCAACCGCUGCAUCGCAGAUGUAGUUUCGCUCUUCAUUACAAUCAUGGACAAGCUGCGUCUGGAGAUCCGUGCCAUGGAUGAGAUUCAGCCGGACCUUCGGGAGCUAAUGGAGACCAUGCACCGAAUGAGCCACCUGCCUCCAGACUUUGAGGGUCGCCAAACAGUCAGCCAAUGGCUGCAGACCCUGAGUGGAAUGUCGGCGUCUGAUGAGCUGGAUGACUCCCAGGUUCGCCAGAUGCUCUUCGAUCUGGAGUCAGCUUACAAUGCCUUUAACCGCUUCCUACAUGCCUGAGCCUCACCCAGGCCGGAACGAGACUGAUGGAGAUGUACUGCCCCAGUUCCCCAGUAUCUACGCCUGUCUUAGAUGUCUAUGUUGUCAGCGGGUUACUCCCAAUAAAGAUCUGUCUGACCUUC